CAGACUCUAUUAUAUACUACGGAGUAGUAGGUAUAUAUGUGUGUUUAUUUGUGCGACUGUGUGUGUUUAUAUCACACUCAUCACUGAUCUGCCACCUGAAAAGCAGAGCCAAUUGAGCUCAAACACAAGUUACAACGCAACACAAAAACGGGUAUCAAAAACCAAGAAAUCACGAGAAAUGGGUUACACAAUGGGUCUAAAUCUGCUCCUCCUCAUGGCUAUGGUGUCCACCAACAUUCUUUCUCUCUACCACCUCUCCACCACCAUCCAAUCAAAACCACCAACACCAACAACACAACCAGUCCCUGACCACCUCAUCCAACAGCUACACACGAUACGCGCCACCAUCAACCAUCUCACGCGCCUCCGUCCCACCACCGACACUACCUCCAAACCCACCAAGCCCACCAUCCCAUCUGACCUCCUCCUCUACACCCGCAUCGCCCCCAUCGCCUCCUCUUGUCGAGAUCACCCUGACCUCCUCCACCAGUACAUGAACUACACUCCCUACUCUCUCUGCCCCCUCGAUUCCGACCUCGCCGAAACCCUAAUUCUUCGCGGCUGCCACCCUCUUCCCCGCCGUCGUUGCUUCGCCCAAACCCCACCAAAACCCCCCACCUCUCUCCCCUCAAACCCAUUUGUUUCUCUUCCUGAUAAUGCCAAUAUAUGGACUAAAUACAACUGUAAGAGCUUCACUUGUCUCUCUCGCUUCAACGGUGAUCUGGGUUUCGACAUGAAAGUCGAAAAAUCCAAAUUCGUGACAUACAAGUCAGAUCUGGAUCUCCCAAUUCAGCAGAUUUUUCAAAUUGCGAAAUCCACCCACUCUGUUCUGCGUCUGGGUUUAGACAUAGGUGGUGGAACUGGCACAUUUGCAGCUCAAAUGAAGCUACAAAACGUGACUGUGAUUUCAACUACAAUGAAUUUGGGUGCGCCGUAUAAUGAGGCGGCGGCGUUGAGAGGGGUGGUGCCGCUGCACGUGCCAUUGCAGCAGCGGCUGCCGGUGUUCGACGGCGUUGUGGAUCUUGUGAGGUGUGGGCACGCAGUCAACCGGUGGAUACCGGUGACGGCAAUGGAGUUCUUGUUCUAUGAUAUUGAUAGGGUGUUGAGGGGUGGUGGGUACUUUUGGUUGGACCAUUUUUUCAGCAAAAGUGCUGACCUUGGGAAGGUUUUUACGCCGUUGAUCGGAAAAUUGGGCUACAAGAAGGUGAAAUGGGCGGUGGCCAAUAAGUCGGAUUCGAGUGGGGUAAAGAAUGGAGAGGUUUAUUUGACUGCCCUUUUGCAGAAGCCAGUGUCCAAAUGAGGCUCAGGCUCAGAUUGAGGCGCUUCUGUUGGAGAUCGACACCAGCUUCAAAGCCCUAAAUUUCCCCUUAUUUUAUACUAUUAAUUUAUUUGCCCUGAACCAGGAAGCAACAUGUUUAUCAUCUGUUGUGGAUCAGGCUCUUUUGCAGGUUCUCAUUUGUGUAAAAAGGUCUGGAGAAUGUGAAAAUUGUGCCAAGUAGAAAGAAAGGAAAACCACAAAUGGUCUUCUGAAAUCAAGUUCAACUGUUCAAGGUGGAUGGCCUUUGUUGCUUAUUUAUUUUAUUUUAUUUUUGUUAGGCCUUUGUUGAUUAUUUUCAAUUAAAAUUAGAUUAUGUUGUUGUAGUUUGUACCCUAAAUAAAUAUGUGGAACACAUAUUUUCAUUUUCAA